UUUAAAGAUUCGUGGCGUUUUUUUGCUGGCAUCAUUCAACCUUAUGACUUCGAAGGGUGAAGACACCCCGAACUAUUCCGAAAUGUUUCUUUCACCCAAUUACUCAGUUUAACGUAUCAGGCAAGCUAAACCUCUAAGAUCCGACCUGGUAUCAACAUAAUGAUAAAACGACAAGAAAUAUGACUAUAGAGUUUAAACAUAUAUAAUAGUUAAUACAACUAAAAUGCCCCGCUCUUUCCUCGUAAAAAAUACGAGGACGGACGUAUUCCGCAAGGAAGAUAUCGGCACCGGCGUAAAAUCUAUCCCAGCAGUUGUAAGUUGGCCCACUUCUUCUUCUUCCGAAGGAUGCAUUCUUGGAGAGGCCGGAGAUCGGUUUCAUUUUCCGCGGACAUUCAUGUCAUCCUUCCAGUAUUCGCCGAGUGAUUUGUUCGGUCCAGUAACGACGACAGGACUUUCAACGGCUACUCCAGUAAGUUUGUCGUCCUCCUACUCGCCAUAUGGCCCGUGCAGCGCUCUGUUGUUCCACUACCUCAGUUUGGCGCGUCAAGCCUGCGGCAGUACGGUCUCACCUGCAGAACAGAAUAACUACGCCCGAGGCUGUGAAAGCAGAGUACUGGGACCGUCCAUAACGGCGUCGCCAAAAUCUUGUGACGAAGACAUUGCUUUCUCCAGUAGCUCUCUGACGUCGCGCCUGUUUGGGGAAAGUCUUUCAAAGCCAGAUCACUUUACCAAAACCCGUUAUUUCCCUCUAUCUACAUGUUUUAGCGAAUCAAGUUUUUCGUGUGCAGAGUACGAAGGAUACCAGACUAAUGGCCCCAGAGUAACAUCACCUUGCUUGAGUCCGUCCAGUAUAGAAAACACUCCGAAUGUUCUCAAUCUGCCGUCCAAGACACUUGUAUCCACUGCAGUUCAGGAACAUCAAAGGAAUACGAAGAUCCUUUGCUCCAGUGGCCGCAAGCUCUCUGACUAUUCCAUUGAAGCACUUUUAGGGCCAUCUAAAUCCUCUAAGCUGAAGGAAGAGAACAACGAACUGAUCGGUCACGUAACGAAAGAUCCGAGCAAGCAGGUUGUCCUUCAAUCAACUACGGUAAAAUCGCCGUUCUCUUGCUCCAGCUGCCGUAAAACGUUUGGCACUCCCCACGGGCUAGAGGUGCACGCUCGCCGUUCACACUACGGAAAACGGCCGUACUUAUGUGUGCAAUGUAAUAAAAGUUUUGGCCACAAAUUGAGUCUAGAUCUUCACCGAGCUAUCCAUACGAAUGAGAGGAGUUUCGAGUGCAAGCAGUGCGGGAAGACGUUCAAGAGGUCAUCCACUCUGUCCACUCACCUGUUGAUCCACUCGGACACCAGACCUUAUCCGUGUCAGUACUGUGGAAAACGGUUUCACCAGAAGUCAGACAUGAAAAAACAUACCUAUAUCCAUACAGGAGAGAAGCCUCACAAGUGUAACAUCUGUGGAAAAGCUUUCAGUCAAUCAUCGAAUCUAAUCACUCACACCAGGAAACACACUGGCUUCAAGCCUUUCUCUUGUGACCAGUGCCCACGUGCUUUUCAGAGGAAAGUGGAUUUACGCCGCCAUGAAGAAACCCAACAUAGAGAGUCCAUCUCCAGUUGUACAGUGCCAUCUACUUUAACGUCUGUGACAUUCACUGGAAAAUCUGCUCAUUCAUCAGAGAUAGCCCUAAUGUUCUCGUAAAGUACCUUUUAUUCUCGAUACUACGUAAAAACAGAAACAAUUUGGUUCUCAACACUAUGUAGAAACAACUCAGAUUUGGUUCUCAACACUAUGUAGAAACAGAAACAAUUUGGUUCUCAACACUAUGUAGAAACAACUCAGAUUUGGUUCUCAACACUAUGUAGAAACAGAAACAAUUUGGUUCUCAACACUAUGUAGAAACAACUCAGAUUUGGUUCUCAACACUAUGUAGAAACAACUCAGAUUUGGUUCUCAACACUAUGUAGAAACAGAAACAAUCUGGUACUCAACACUAUGUAAAAACAGAAACAAUUUGGUUCUCAACACUAUGUAGAAACAACUCAGAUUUGGUUCUCAACACUAUGUAAAACAGAAAAGUUUUGGUUCUCAACGUUAUGU